AUGCCAGCCGGCCAACAAAGAGCCACUUGGCCGGCCCUACAUUCGAGUGGGGACUGGGGCAUGGCAAGGGGGGUGGUCACGGACCACCAUGGGAACCUGCCUGGAGCCAUAUGGGAGACUGCCCUGACAGAAGAUCCAACGGCGAAGCUUAUGGCCAUGGAAAGAGAUAGUCUUGACGAUUUGGCCUGCUUUGUAUGCUACAACCUUAGGCCGCGAUCAGAUUUCGAUCGUGAGCAGCCGAGGACUGCUGUUAAGCAUGCAAAUGGACGGCCUGAGCCUUAUGACGACGUCAAGCAGCCUGUGGUCUCGCCGCCGGCGCACCAGCAUACAUGA